CGUAUUGACAUAAAAUAUCCCCAAACAUAUCUAAUAAACUAAUAUCAUUUAUAAAUUAUCCGAAUCAAGUAUUUAAAUAUACGUUAAACGAGUAUCUAUAAUUAUUUUUAAAAAAUAGUGUUACAGUUACAUCAGGAAUAAAAAUAACAUCGGACUACAUUUUAAGGCUAUUUUCUACGUCAGAUUUACCACCAUGGAGGAACAAUACGCAUUGAGUUGGAUGAGUUUCAAAAACAAUUUAAUAUCGGGCUAUCAAGAAUUGUACAGAGAUGAAAUGUUUACAGAUGUAACAUUAGCUGCCGAUGGAGUUAUUGCCAAAUGCCAUCGAGCUGUUUUAGCAAUCAGUUCAGAUUUUUUUAAAAUCAUGUUGGAAAGCUGUACUGGGAAUAAUCACCCUAUAAUUUAUCUCAAUAAUAUUUCACAACAAAACUUGAAAAAUCUAUUGGAGUUUAUUUACUAUGGAGAGACCAGAGUUGAACAUGCAGAUUUAUCUCAGUUUAUACUGAAUGCAGAAUCGUUACAAAUUAAAGGAUUAACUGGUCCCAAAACGGCUCCCACUAAACAGACAAGAUCAAUAAAAAGAAAGGCUUCACAGAGUUUAGAAAAUGAAAUAAAAUCUCCCAAAAUGAUAGAAGUUAUAGAACCAGAAUUCAUGAACGAAGAAGACCUGGAACACAUAAAGGCUGCAGAAGAACACAACGAGAAUCUUUUGAAAAGAGAAACCUGCCAAGAUAUCGAAGAAGAAAUCGAACCAUCAUAUAUACAAACAAACGAAAUGAAAGUUGAUGAAAAUCCUGAUAACUCUUCAUAUAUACCGGAUUACGAAAAUACCGAUGAUGAUUAUAUAGAAGAUGACUAUGAUAUGGGAUUCCCACAAGACGGAGAUGAGAUAAAAUUCAUAAGAAGUCAAAAGCUUAAUGCCCAACUCGUGUAUAACAUGUGCAUUUACAAUCGCAAGAAAACGCUCCAGAACGGCUGCACGACCUGGCGUUGUUGCGAAAACCUAAAGUACAAAUGCAAAGCUGUCUGCAUCACAUUGAACGAUAAAUUCGUCAAUGCAAGGCACAGGCACAAUCACCCGAACCAUUGGGAAAAAAUUGCAAACAGGCCAUUGCACGAUAGAAGUGAAUUCGAACUGAACGAUCUCAUUGAUGAACUAGAAGCCAAUUAGAUAAUAGAUAGAUAGAUUUAGUGCAGUAAUCCAGUACAUAUCCAGCAGCCGAAACUCCUUACAAAUCUACCACGAGGGGCACACUUUCAAUCGGUACAAUUCGAAAAACGAUGCAAACUAUUGGAGGUGCACGCAAUACCGCAAUAUGAACUGUCGAGCCAAACUGAUAACAUAUUCGAAUGGCCAAAAAAUCGUUGUGAAGGAA